UUCUUUAACUAUAUUUCUAUUCUUUAUGCACUUCACUCUUCUCUUUUCAUAUCUCAACUAAAUGUAAAACAUCAAUUACAAUAAAAUACAAUUUCAUAACUUAUUAUUAAUGUAUAAACAAAAUACGAAAAUAUGGUGUGGGAGUGCUGCACACAGACACAAGCUCUUGUAUCAUUCAUCCGCUCUUGCAAGAAACCAAGAAACCAAGCAAGCCGCCUGAUAUGAUUCCUCCCGUUUGUCCUGUUCUGGACCCAGAGACCUCUCUUCGCUUUUUCACUCUCUCUCUCUCUCUCUCUCGCUCUACAUAUAUAUAUAUAUAUAUGUAUAUAUUGUCACUCGUCGUCCGUCGAUUCAUCUCUUCUACAUUCUUCUACAUACACUUUCGCUGCAAACUCAGUCAAGCUGUCAGAUAGUGCUUGAGCCAAAAACCCCAGACGACAAAAUUGGCGGGCACGUAAUUUUGUUGACGGAUGGCGUCGUCCAAGGUGAUGGCUUCUAGGUCACCCCCCAAUCCCGAUCAUCCACCUCAUCCCUCCUUCCCUACCCCAUUGAAUAUUCUCCACCCUGACCAGACCCGGGGUUUCGGCGCUUCCAUGAACAUUGAUGAUAUGCUCACCAACAUUUACUCUCAUCCCGACUCAUUCGCCCUCCACAACGCCUUCAUGCUGCGCGAUGGAGCAGGGCCUGGGGAGCCCGCCAUGACUCUCGAGGAUUUCCUGGCUAAGGCGGGGGCCGUGACUGAGGAGGAUGUUUGCCUUCCUCCCACCGGUGUUUUUGGAGUGGAGACCGCGAUGUUGAGUGCUGCUGCUGCUGCUACUGGGGUUCCGGUGGCGUGCGUGCAGAAUGGGGUGGCGAGUGGCAGGUUCGGGGUGGAUUUUCCAAAUGGCGUGCUGGCGGUAGGUGGUGGCGCCGGCGGCUGUGGCAGAGGGAAGAGGAAGGUCGCUGUAGAGGAGGUGCCGCUCGACAAGGCCACACAGCAAAAGCAGAGAAGAAUGAUUAAAAACAGAGAGUCGGCUGCUAGGUCCAGGGAACGAAAGCAGGCUUAUACUCUGGAAUUGGAGUCGCUGGUGACGCAUUUAGAGGAGGAGAAUGCUAGGCUUUUGGAAGAAGAGGCUGAAUUGAACAAGAAGAGAUAUAAGCAGCUCAUGGAAAACCUAAUUCCUGUAGUAGAGAAGCGAAGACCUCCGAGAGCUUUGCGGAAAAUACAUUCCAUGGAAUGGUAGGUGAACUUAGCUAUACCUGUUGAUAAAGGUGGAGGAAAAUAGUUCUGGGCCAGCCAUGGGGCUUUUUAGUAACAUCGUUGGAGUACGUUCUAACAUGGACCAAUCCAACAUACACCUUAUAGUUAACUACAAAAAGUAGUUUAUAUGUUUAGCUGUAAAGAGAAAGCUGAUGUUGCAGUUGGGACGUGUAACGCAAACAGAACAUCAUGCAUAUAGUUUAUGAGUAGUUGAUAAUUAUACCAUAAUGCAAUCUUUGUAAAAUUCUCAUGUGAGAUCGAAGAUCAGUUUGCAGGUUAUCUUGAUCUUAGACGAUGACAUAUUGAUGAAACUUUUCCUAACCUUUGAACUUUUA